CCCCGCCGUGCCCGCAGAGGUCGCCAUGCGGCCCGCGCGCUGGCUCGCGCUGGGCAGCCUCCUCGCCCUGGCCGGGCUGCUGGAAUGCCGGCUCGUGGGCGAGGAGGAAGCCGGCUUCGGUGAAUGCGACCGCUUCUUCUACGCCGGGACCCCGCCUGCGGGGCUGGCGGCCGAGGCCCACGUGAAGAUCUGUCAGCGCUUCGAGGGCGCCGAGCGCUUCGCCACCCUGUACAGCCGCCGGGACCGCAUCCCCGUGUACUCGGCGUUCCGCGCCGCGCGCCCGGCGGCGGCCGGCGCCGAGCCCCGCUGGCUGGUGGAACCGCAGAUCGAUGACCCCACCAGCCACCUCGAGGAGGUGAUCGCUGAAGCUGAUGCCAUCACCUCUGUGAACAGCCUGGGAAGCAAGCAAGCCCUGAGCACAGAUUACCAGGACUCGGAGUACCAAACAGGCCAGCUGUACCCGUUCUCCCUGAGCAGUGAUCUCCAAGUGGCCACGUUCGCUCUCACAAACGCAGCUCCGAUGAGCCCGUCCUUCCGGCAGCGGUGGUACCGGAAUCUCAACAGCCUGAUGGAGCGGGCCCUGAGCCCGCAGUGCGCCGGCGGGGAAGACCUGUACAUCGUCACCGGCGCUGUGCCCUCAGAGCGCAAGCUGAAGGACAGAGUGGCCGUGCCGGCGUCCGUGUGGCUGGCAGCCUGCUGCGCCGCGCCGGGGGGCGGCUGGGCCAUGGGCUUCGUCCAGCACGCCCGGGAGGGCGACGUCAUAGAGGACGUGAUGGUGGGAGAGCUCGAGAAGCUGCUUCCCUUUAAGCCCCGGCUGUUCCAGGGCAACUGUGGCGGGACUGAGCAGGACACGGAGAGGAUGAAAAAGAUCCUGGAGGUGGUUAACCAAGUCCAGGACGAAGAGCGAGCGGUGCAGACGAAAGAGGGCGCUCGGCCCCUCUCCAGCACCAAGGGCCCGGCAUCCGCGCCGCCCCCGGAGCCCGUGGAGGAGAGGAGGAGCUUCCUGGGCAAGGUGAUGAGCUUCCUCGCCACCCCAGUCAUCAGGCUGUUCCAGUUACUUUAUUACGUUGCAGUAGGCAUUCUGAAGAACGUUAUGUGUGUCCUCUGGUUUCUUACCAAGCAAGUGUUUAACGGCGUAGAAAGUUGCCUUUACCGCUUGGGUUCGGCCACCAUCUCAUAUUUCUUGGCCAUUGGGGAAGAGUUGGCGAGCAUUCCCUGGAAGGUACUCAAAGUCGUGGUCAAAAUCAUCAGGGCCAUUCUCCGGAUCCUUUGUUGUCUGCUGAAGGCCGUUUGCCGCGUUCUGGGCAUUCCGGUCCGAGUCCUGGUGGACGUGGCCACUUUCCCCAUGCACACCAUAGGCGCGGCCCCGAUUGUGUGCAAGGACAUUGCAGUUGGCCUCGGUGGCGCCAUUUCUCUGCUCUUCGACGCUGCUUUUGGCGCUAUGGGGAGCCUGUUUCAGGUUAUUUUUAGUAUCUGCAAGAGGAUUGGUUACAGAGUUACUUUCGACAAUUCGGGGGAGUUAUAGAACUCAAAAAACUAGUAGGGUCCAGUUACAGUGAAUUCGAUUUUUUUUUUUAAACAGAAAAAGCUGGAAUAUUUUGUCUUUACAAUGGGUUUCUGUUCGUUGUUAACUACCAUUAUAUCUUGGCCUUUGGUAGGGGUAUUUGCAUGUUUUUGCAAAGGAAAAUGGUAUAAUUUAGACUUGACCAAAGAGAGAUGUUGAGAGUGGGAUUAUGUGUAGGUCAUCUGUGCAAUAUGGGUAAACUUCCAAACCACUAGACUGUUUCUUUGCUCUGCUACUAGAUGGACCGCCUGAGAUACGCUGGUGUUCAUUUGUGGGAACUAGGAAUUACGGAGAAGGGAAGAAUUAGAAGACAACCUUAACCUGAAGAGUUUCUGAGAGAAUGGGAAAGGAAUCUUGUUUCUGUUACGAGAUGUAAGGCACAACUUAUAUAAAUGCUGUUGUUUGAUCGUUUCAUUUGCAUCUCUUUCUCUCCAACUCAGCUGACCUUGGUGGAGUGCAGAUAUGCUUCCCUGUUGAAAUAGCUUUCUUAGGGCUAAAGAAUUUGCUAAUAUCCCUGAGCUUUCCAUGGCUUCCAAGGACCUAUAAGGUUGUUUGGGUUUUGUUUUUGUUUUUUUUUUCUUCCUCCCAAGAGAAUUUUGCUGCAUUUUUCUUUUAGGUAAUGAUAAGCGUUUUGUGUUAAAUGUGGCAUAACAAAGUUAGAAUGCAAGGGCAAAAAUUGUUUGCCCUUUGAACAGUGUAGCACAGUCCUCUCGGGUAUAAAGAAGAGAGUGCAAGGGUCAGAGCCCUGCUCUGAGUAGGUGUUAUAGGUCUGAGAACAUCCUUAGCUAAGCUUGGAUUAACUUGACCUGCUGACAAGAAUGAACUCAAAGACUGACAUGUUAGCCAAUAGGAAAAUUUGUACACGCCAACAUUCUAGAUCAAUCUUUGUUAUACAUCAGACAAGUACCCAUUACAGUAAAAUACUCUGACCUCUAUCCUCAAAUGAUUGUUUUGGUAUGAAUAUAUAUAGAAAAGCCACAAAAGAAAAAAAAAAAACUAUUCUAGCCAUCUCAGAAAAAAAAAAUCCGUAUCCAUAUAUAUCUAAGUUUCUAUAAGCAUAAACUUGAUUAAGCAUCACCAUGUCUUUGGAAACUAGUUUUAUAGUGUGCUUGAGGCUAGAAAACACAACUCUCCCAUUAAUGCAAGUUUGAUUUGAGAGCUAAUCCCUAUUUUUCUGAUCAAGCACGUAUUUUAAAUCUUGCCCUGAAAGAGAAAGCAGAAUCUUCCAAACUUUGCUCUGCCUUCCACAGCUAAGAUGGAAUCACUGGGAUUUUUCUGAGUGUUCUAAAGAGUUUCUGUGAGGUAGAAAAGGGCCUAGUGUAAAAUACUGCCCUUGGUAGAGUACCAUUCAUCUGAAAGUUAGUUGUAAACACCUGGGAUCCAGAAAGGCAACUAGGAGAGAAUAAUGGAGAGAAAUAAUACUUCCAGUGGGUAGGUAGACAGGAAAGGUGAAUGUAGUGAGUUCCAUUUUGCAGAAAAAUAAUUGAAUUGUACCCAAAGUAGAAGAUCAAUUGGUGGGACAGUGUCGGGGAUCUAAAACACCGGUCUGGCCCAUGAUAGGGGGUAUGCACUAGAUUUAUCCAAGAAUCUUAAACAGUAUUUUAGCAACACUUCUGUUUGUGAGUGUAAGACUCUGUAGUGGGCCUUCCCUUCAUUUCAGCGGUGUGAGGUACAUGGAAGGGGGAGGGUUUGCCUUGGUACUGAUGGGUCAAGAAUCCUGCUGGAUGAAAGGAAGGGAAUCUUUGAAGCAACCAGAGGGUGGUCUGGCCAAACCCUCAACUGAUGAAGAAACUGAGGCACGGGGGCACCAGGCUUGCCUUUAGUUUCUUUGCUGGCUCGUGGCAGAUCAGGAGCCAAGGUCUUUCGCACAUGUCCCAUCACACCUGGGAUGUCAAAUAAUGUGGUGCGUGAGUUACUACUCAGCUGCUUCCCUGGGUUUUCUCCAUCAUCCCUCAAACAGAGUCUAGGCCCUGACUCAUUAAUUGGUUAGAUUGAGCCUAUGUGAUGAAACUAUUAGCUGUCCAUGCACAGCAUCAUGCUUCCUGCCCCCCACAGAAUCUUUGUUCCCUUGCGGUAUGUAUUUGCGUACUGAUAGGCCCAGAGAGGGCAUCCAUGGCAGCUUAAACCGCUUGGCACCAUGCAAGGAACAGGGUAUCCAAACCUCUUCUCGAGAGCCAUUUGAAAAUGCCUUCUUUUUCCCUUUUAGUUGUUUAGUGUCUUAUUUAUUUAUUCUUGUGUGGCCUUUUGUGAAAUCUGGGAAGGGAUAAUAAAGCAAAAUAGAUCCGUAAGGUGAGGUGGCUGAGCCCAUCUGCUCUGGACCACUAGGGUUGGCUGAGCCUGAUUCACUGGAACUGACUCCAGCAGGUGGCUGGACUGUUACCCCCAAGCUACUUUGGGCUUCGAGGGGAGAAUUUGGAUUGAUGAACCCUGUCUCUAGCUUGAAUAUUUUUCUGUGGCUCUGUUACAUUCUCAGGCCCCCGGGGAGGUCAACUCUUCAUUAUUAUGGAACUAAUUUCUAGUCUGUGGAUGAGCCACGCCUUUGGACACUCCUCUCCUCCAUUGUGCCUUUUGAAUGUUGGCUUCUCACCAUCAGUACUUCCACCUAAAUGCAGACAAGGGAGUUGGGAGAAGGACCUAGAAUGAAGCACUCAUCAUUCCAUCAGUCAUUCAUCUGUCAAACGUGUAUUUGAACAUCGAGGUUGCAGAGAUCAGGAACACGUGGAUCCCGUCUUGGAGGAGUUCAGAAAUCGAGUGGGGCGAACACACGGUGCAGCUCAUAGUUGAAACACAGCAUGGUGAUCGCUGCAAGAAUGGUCCUAGCAGUGUGCUCCCCGGAGCACUGGAUGAACCCCACAAAACCAUGGAAACGAGGGCAGCCUUUACAGAGGGUGUGACAACAGUCAACUUGACAUUUUCAGGCUAUGUACAAUGCUGUGCACCUUGCAAUGCUCAAUAAAGUAAUCAUUGACAGCUCAUGA